AUGGCUUCGGAUCAUCAGGAGGAAACUGUUAGGCUGAACGUUUCUGACUUGAGGAUUUCUGUUAGAUACAAAGGAGAAAACCUCCAAGACGGCUCCACAGAUGAUGCUGCCGAACGGCCUGUGCGGAAAAAGCUCAAGGAAACCAAAAUCACUCCAGAUGCGAAUGUUUCCGUAGGCGAUGACUCGGGAAACUCGUCUGAUGAUAGUAGCGACAGAGGCCGCCUCCAGAAGAAACGGUCUUUUGAAGAUCUGCAAGAGAACGAAGACGGUACUUCUACGUCAAAGGGAGACGGUGGCCACCGAAGGAAGAGAUCUCGCGAUUCAAAGGACGAAGACGCUGUCAAGACGCGGGAUCACCGUGAUGGCACGCCGAUUGAACCACCGCGCAAUGACGGGGAGGCCUCGAAGCAGAUCCUGAGCCCCAAGAAAAAGCGAAGCAUUGAUCAGCUGGAGAACGAUGACAUCAAGGCAGAAAAUCUGACUGGCGGGGAAGGAGAUAAAGGCGCUGCCAGGGAAGUCUCUGGUGACAAGAGUCGGGCAGAAGGAGAGCGAGAGGCAAAACGGCACCGCGAUGCUUCUCAGGAGAGAAAAGCUUCAUCGGAAAGGGAGGCAGUGUCUACCAAGCCUUUACCAAGUGCAUUUUCGAAUACAUCCACCGUUUCGCCGUUCGCGUCCCUGGCUUCCUCGAAAUCGUCUGCUUCUGGGGAUGCUAAGACAGAGGAUGCAGCCAAACCGUCCCAUACUACCUCAGCCUCUGCAUUCGCCUCGUCCAGCUUGGCUUCUUUCGCCGGUUCAGAACAAUCCCCUUUUGCUGCGCUUGGAAGUUCCACCAACGCUUCCUCCGUCUUCAAAUCGGCUUCUAGUGCAUCCUCGACUCAACCGGCCUCUACAGGAUUUGCAGCCGCUGCGGGUCCUUCUCCUUUUGCGACCGCAGGCGGUUCUGGCUUCGCGAGCUUUAGUAGCGGCAGUGGAUUUGCUGCUGCCAGCAAACUAGGAGGUGGACUGACCAGUUUCGCCUCUCCUUCCGGACCAAGUGUUCUCGGAGGCUCGACCGAGGUUAAGCCUCUUGGAGCGUCUGGGGAUGACUCGGACGAGGAGAACGAGGAAGAGGGUGAUAAACCUGUUGAGGGAUUCGAAAAGGAGCAAGAGCAGGAUGAGAGGUUCUUUGAACAAGAAAUCGAGACUGGCGAGGAAGAGGAGAAGACGUAUUUCUCCUGCAAGGCGAAACUGUUCCAUUUCACCAAUGGGGAAUGGAAAGAGCGCGGAGUUGGCACCUUCAAGGUCAAUGUUAAGGAACCGCAGGAUCCUGAAAAGGAUAAGCUUUCGGCUCGUAUGAUCAUGCGUGCUGAUGCAGUUUUGCGCGUUAUGUUGAACAUGCCCAUUUUCAAGGGCAUGACAAUUGGCGAUGUAUCUGGCGAGGAGCCCAAGGGAAAGCAGCUGAAUUUGCUGGGCCUCGAGGAAGGUCGUUCUGUUCCCAUGUUGCUGAGAACUGCAAACGCGGACGUUGCCAAAGAACUGUACCAUGUGUAUGAAAAUAGUACAGUUAUAAUUUUUUGGUCAUUGGUUUGGCGACAGAAAAGGAAAAGAGCUUUGACGGAGGAAGAGGAGGUAGCGGAACCGGAGGGACGUCAUCAUCAGUACGCGGUUGAUUCUUCAAGGGUCGUCAUCGCGCCCGAGGAAAAUGGCACUCGCCUUGCAGCGCCUGCAGCGUCGACAUCCACAUCGAUGUCUACGGAUAACAAUGCUGCUGCGAGUGAGGUAUUAACAGCGACAACGACAAUAUCUACAAAGACCCACGAUGGAGCAACGAACGGCGAUCAAAAGAGUACGACAAGGAGGAGUCAAGGUCGUGGCACCGGCUUCAAUCGAAAAAGGAAAGCAGAAGAGACGGAGAAUAAUAGUAUCAAUGGCAGCGAGAACGAUAAGAAUGCUGAAAAGCAGAAAGAAGACAGCAAUCCACGACGCGGCAAACCUCGCUCUGCGACUGCGACUGCGAAAUCAAACCCGGCUCGCGCUCCAUCAGGCCCAUGGCCUGAUCUGUUCAAGCGCUUGGCGCAGACACACCGGGCUUUGAACCUCGUGUACACGUUCUGUUGCACGAGGAAGCAUCUCGCCACGACGUUCGAGAACAUCAAAGCGGCGGUGCAGGCGCAGAUGGGCGGGCGCGAGUUGACCGUCGAAGAUGUCGCGAGGAUCAAGGUGCUCAUCCCCCGCGCCGUGCGGUUCGAGUACGUGGAUGAGGCGGUCUUGGAGGUUAUGGGGGUUGGAGAGGGAGGUAGAGAUGAUUACAAAUGGGUGAAGACGAAGAAUAACGGCAGCAGCAGCAGCGGACUGUUCGACACUGAUGUGACGGGAAACAACAAUAAUAAUGAUAAUAAUGAGAAUGGUGAUGAUGAAAACGAUAAGAAGGAGGUCCUGCUGUUUGAAUUCGUCGAUGAGGAUCUAAGACGACAAGUCCAGCGCAGCAAAAAGGGGGAGCCCGCUCGCAAAUCGAAGAGUACUGAGCUGAAAAUGCCUUUCUACGGUCAGAAGCAGAUGGUGAAUCUCAUUGAGAAAAGGAACAAGAAGUUUUCCGACGCCGUUGACACGUUUCUUGUCAAGUGUGAGGACGAUGGCGUGGAUCCGACUCAGAGAUUGGAGCAGGAGAAGGACGCUUUGAUUCCAGUUCCGACGGCGAGAAGCGGCGUCAAUACGCCGACAGCAGCACAGCUUCCUCCCCGGAUUCCCAAAGAACGCAAGUCGAUUUCAGAAAUCAUUGCUGAGAUCCGAGAGAUGGAAUGGUACACGGCACAGAUCGUCCCGGGUGGACACAGAGUCUUUGAGCCACAGCCACCUAUCUACGGGGAUUUGAACUUUCAGCUCUCGCAGAACCUCGUCAAUGCGCUAUAUAACACCAAAGGCAUUACGCAACUGUAUUCACACCAAGCGGAAGCCAUCAACAAUCUCUACGAGGGACACCAUGUCAUCGUUUCCACGUCUACGAGCUCUGGAAAGUCUCUGAUUUAUCAAAUCCCGAUGCUUCACGAGCUGGAGAAAGACCCCAACAGCAGGGGAAUCUAUAUCUUCCCCACCAAAGCGCUGGCGCAGGAUCAGAGACGCAGCAUGAAGGAGUUGCUGCAGUACAUGAAGGGAUUGGAAGACAUCAUCGUGGAGACAUUCGACGGAGAUACGCCGAUGGAGGAUCGAAACACCAUCCGCGAUGAAGGGCGAAUCAUCUUAACCAACCCAGACAUGUUGCACGUCACCAUCUUGCCGCAGGAGAGCUCGUGGCGCACGUUCCUCAAGAAUCUGAAGUUCGUCGUUGUCGAUGAGCUCCAUGUGUACAACGGUCUCUUUGGAUCCCAUGUCGCCUUCAUCAUGCGGCGACUGCGGCGGAUAUGCGCCGCGGUGGGCAAUCGCCACGUGAAAUUCAUAUCCUGCUCUGCCACCGUCGCCAACCCGGAAGAGCACAUGAAAACCAUCUUCGGCGUGGACGACGUGAAACUGACCGACUUCGAUGGUUCCCCAUCAGGCCGGAAAGAAUUUAUCUGCUGGAACACGCCUUUCAAGGACCCCAACGAUCCAACCUCUGGUCGGGGAGACAGCAUUGCAGAGACGGCGCGGUUGUUCUGCCAGCUCGUUCUAAGAGGCGUCAGAGUGAUCGCAUUCUGUAGGAUCCGGAAGCAGUGCGAGAUUGUCCUGCAAGCAGUUAAGAAUGAAUUCUGUGCCCUGGAAAGACCAGAGGUCGCCAAGCUGGUCAUGGGCUACCGAGGCGGCUACAGCCCGCAGGAUCGACGGCGGAUAGAGAAAGAGAUGUUCGAGGGUAAGCUGAUGGGGAUCGUGGCAACGAACGCCCUCGAGUUAGGUGUCGAUAUUGGCUCGCUGGAUGCAGUCAUUACGCUUGGCUUCCCGUUCUCGAUAUCUAAUCUUCGGCAGCAGAGCGGACGAGCUGGGCGGCGCAACAAGGAUUCCUUGUCGGUCCUCAUCGGGGAAGGUGUCCCUACGGACCAGUAUUAUAUGAAGAACCCGGACGAGCUCUUCACCAAGCCGAACUGCGCACUACAAGUGGACCUAACGAAUGAGCUGGUCCUUGAAGGACACGUCCAGUGCGCAGCAUUUGAAAUGCCCCUGCGACCGGAAGAGGAUAGUGUCUACUUUGGAGAAAAGCUUGCGGAAUUUGCCUCGACAAGGCUCGUCAGAGACAGCCUUGGAUUCUACCACUGCCACGAACGGUUCCGCCCGCAGCCAUCGCGCCAUGUCUCGAUCCGUGAUGUGGAAGAGAGCACAUUCGCUGUCAUUGACACCACGCAUAACCGUAACAUCGUCCUGGAGGAGGUGGAAGUGUCGCGGGCACUCUUCACCAUCUACGAGGGGGGAAUCUUUAUGCAUCAGGGCCAGACGUACCUGGUCAAGGAGCUGAACACGGAGCAGCGGUUCGCGCGAGUUGUCCGUGUCCAUGUCGACUGGAACACGCAGCAGCGCGACUUCACCGACAUCGACCCCAUCGAGACGGAGGCCAUUCGCCGCAUUACAGGUUCGUCUGAGUGCCGCGCAUACUUUGGCUCCAUCCAGAUCCACGCCGUUGUGUAUGGGUUCUUCAAGAUCGACAAAAGGGGGCGGGUCCUCGAUGCCGUCCAGGUGGAUAAUCCACCCAUCGACAUCUUCACAAAGGGCAUGUGGCUGGACGUGCCCAAGCGCGCUCUGGAGAUUCUCAAGUCACGGCGUCUCAACAUUGCCGCCGCCAUCCAUGCUGCCGAACAUGCCGUUCUGUCACUGCUUCCGACUUUCGUGAUCUCCGUACCGGGCGACGUCCGCACGGAGUGCAAAGUGGCGAAGAAAGAGCUGGGAAAUAAUCUCAAGCGUGCCAACGAGGCUCUCGAAGGACGCGGUCUCAAAAAUUCCUCCACCAACAGGAUCUCCAACUCCACGGGACCUGACCUCCAGCCGCCGGCCCGACAAAGACCAGCACGAUUGACAUUCUACGACGCAAAAGGGGGAUCAUCCGGCUCCGGGAUCGCGGCCAAGGCGUUCGAAUUCGUCGACCUGCUGUUGCGUCGAGCCGUGGCGCGGAUCGAGGCCUGCACCUGCAUCACUCCCCAGGGCUGCAUGGAAUGCGUCUGCGACGAGCGGUGCAAGGAGCAGAACGUUGUGAUGAGUAAAGCGGGCGCCGGGGUGGUGCUGAGAUGUCUGUUGGGCUGGGAGGUCGACAUCGACGCCCUGCCCUGGGGCGAAGACUUUGAGGGCGAAGAAGGCGGUGGUGAGCUGGCCGGUGGUCUGGAGACCAUUGUCGAGGCGCAAGAGGUUCCCGGCCGGGCCGGUGGAACCGUGAAGGUAUUCAAGGAAACGCCAGUCGAAACGUGA